UCUCUUUCGAAUCGCCCUCCGAUGCGCCUACUCUGCAAGUGAAAGAAACGGCCCCAGGGAGUUUAACUACACUUUCACUCUAUCUUCUGCCGAGUGUCACCUUAACUCAAAAACGGUUACGGUCAUCACGAUGACAUGUAAGUAACCUUAGCCUCCUCCUCCUCGAGACCUCGACCCCUUAUCCCUUGUGCCCUUUGCGUCUGCACGUUUUGGCCGUCAACACCGCGAAACCUAAGUCGCGUGUCUCUCCCCAGACCUCAUCCUUCCAUCCCAUCAUCUGCAGAAGGCCACUGUGCAAUUGAGCGCCACCCGCCUUUUCCACUGGUGAACUAUCGCUGGGAUACCCCAAACACGCGCCGUGCACCCCUCUUCGAGAUGAGCAGCAGUCCCGGCCAUCCAACACAUCCAAUCCACCGCACACUCCUCCCCAUCGCGCAAAAGCAGCCAUGGGUAACGGCUUGAACGGCAACGACUUAACACCACAUACAGUCCACAUCAAGACGCGCGACCAGAUACGCCGGAUCGAAACCGGCAGGCUCUCAGACCCACCCAACGGCAACGCCCGCUUCUCAAGCCUCGACGACAUGCCAGUGAACGACGAGCGCAGGCCUCUCCUGGGGCACCAUCACCUCGCGUCUACCUUGCACGCCGAACCGGGGUUUUGGCGCCACUUGCUCAUCAACCCCCAGAGCAGUCCCGGCAUUAACAGCCCGAACCCGCUUGUCAAAUGGCCGGCCAGGGGAUGGAACGUGACCAAGGUCACUCUGUUUAGUUCCUGGAUCAACAUUCUGCUCGUCUUUGUCCCGCUCGGCCUUUUCGCCGGCCGGCAGGACUGGGGCGCCACUUGGGUGUUUUCGCUCAACUUCCUCGCCAUCAUCCCGCUGGCCGCCGUCCUCUCCUUUGCGACAGAGGAGAUCGCACAGCGCCUGGGUGAAACCUUGGGCGGGCUGGUGAAUGCCACUUUCGGAAAUGCAGUGGAACUGAUCGUCAGCAUUGUCGCGUUGCGCGCCGGAGAGAUCGAGGUCGUGCAAGCUUCGAUGCUCGGGUCCAUCUUGUCCAACCUUCUCCUCGUCCUCGGCAUGUGUUUCUUUCUCGGCGGAAUCUACAACAUGCGGGGCGCCGACGGCAGAGGCAUUGAACAGAGCUUUGCCGCGGGCACCGCCCAGACCACCUGCUCGCUCAUGGCCCUUGCCUCGGCCUCCAUGAUCCUCCCCGCGGCACUCUACGGAGUCCUCGACCGGGCCGAGGAACAUAACAAGCAGGCCAGCAUCCUGGUUCUCUCGCGCGGCACCUCGAUCGUCCUGCUGUGCCUCUACGUCCUCUACCUCUACUUUGCUCUGCGCACGCACAAACAGCUUUUUGAGCCCGAAGCUCAGGCCGUUCGCGAUGAAGGAGAGGAGGAACACGAGCCGUUGCUGGGUCCCUGGUCCGCCGCCCUUGUGCUGGUGGUGACGACGGUAGUCAUCUCGUUCUGCGCCGACUACAUGGUGGACAGCAUCGACGCGCUGGUGGCGACGGGCAAGAUUAGCAAGACGUUCAUCGGUUUGAUUCUGAUUCCCAUCGUCGGCAACGCCGCCGAGCACGUUACCGCCUGCGUGGUGGCCGUCAAGGAUAAGAUGGACCUGGCUAUGGGCGUGGCUAUUGGAUCGAGCAUCCAGAUUGCCCUGCUGGUUACCCCCGCACUCGUCAUGCUGGGUUGGGCUAUUGGCCAGCCCAUGACUCUGCACUUUGAGACCUUUGAAACUGUGGCAUUUGGCCUCUCGGUGCUGGUCGUCACCUACACCGUCCAGGACGGUAAAUCCAAUUACCUCGAGGGCGCAAUGCUCUUGGGUCUCUACAUGAUCAUUGCCCUUGCCUUCUGGGCCAGUCCAACAGAUGCUCUGGGCAAGACUGCCCUUCCGUGGCAGUGAUCCAAACAAAGGUUCAUGCGACACACGAUACAACCCAGCCGGGAAAUUCUCAUUUACCUUUACAGAUAUUUUUCGGGCGGUCUCUGUACGAAUAUGUGCGCCAUACAUGUCACACAAUUGACUACGUUUGAUACGGCUUUGGCAAUGCCAAGAGGCUUGGAUCACCAACCACUUGGAGAAAGGCCAAAUGUUGCCGAGGAGGGGCAUUGUACCAAUAUCUACGGGAGGCGUUUUGUGUAAACCAUGGCAAGCAGCGGAGUUAUGGGUAUGUCAAUCAGAUCUUCUCAUUGUUGGG